AUGCGUCUCGAGGCGGUACCUUAUCCCCCAGAUACAGCGGUCAAGGCUAAACCGAAGAGUUCUCCAGCCAAGAGCGUUGCUAUACACUUGGUAAACCUGCUCUGCAGACCAACAAGAAUACGACGAAGGGCAAUAUGGAGUGCCUUUGCUCUCACAGGCGUCCUUUUUCUCAUAAUUGAAAGACGGCAUGCAGAUGAUUUACAACUAACAGUGUCAACUCUGGGCGGCUACGUUCCAUACAGCAUCAGUGAUGCCAUAUCCCACUACGGCGAAGUCGAACAGGUCGAACAGAAUAGAUGGGACGAUGUAGUAGAUCCCAAUAGUGGAAGCAGUGUCAAGAAGCCAAAAUUUCACCUACUUAUUCCGACCCCCGACACAAAUGCUUCAGCGAACCUUUGCAAGACGCUAAUGUCUGCUGCAAUUCUCAAUUAUCCACCGCCUACAUUGAUUCAUUAUGGUGAUGCAGGUGGAGCAUUUACCAGACCAGGGGCAGACAUUGUCAGGAACGUAUUUAGCUUUCUUUUGGGGAAGGAGGCGCAUGAUGACGAUUUGAUUUUGGUUGUAGAGCAAGAGAGCUGGUUCCAGCUUCCGGCCGAAGUUGCUGUGAAUCGGUUCUUUCACGGUCUCCAGGACUCCAAUGAGCUCCUGUUGAAACAAUAUGGACAAAACAUGACUAGCAACGAAACAGCCAAUCUAUCCACCGACUCGCCAAAAUACACCCAGAAAGUCCUCUUCGGAGCCCAAAAGCAAUGCUCAAACCCUCGCGCCGAUCCAGCUUGCAACUCUGUUCCCCAAUCUUCCUUGCCCAAAGAUAUAUACGGGCCCCAAACAGACCGCCAUCCAAGCGGGAGGUACAAUCGGCCCCACUUUAUGGACUCAAAUAUGGUAAUGGGACGCGUCUCCGACCUCCUCCCAAUCUUCAAAUUGGCCACCGAACUCCUCGAAUUCGAAGAUAUAGGCAAAUACGGCAGCCAACAUAUAUUCUCCCAACUCUUCGGCGAGCAGGAAUACCACCGAGCCCUUUACCUCAAUAGCAUCGCCCCCAAAUCACGCUGGCGGCAAUGGAUGAACUCCAAAACUGAACCCUCGAACACUCCCCCUCCCGUGCCAGGCAGGAAUUAUGAGUUGGGGAUCGGUUUGGAUUAUGCAAGUUCCAUAUUCCAAAUCAUGGAUAACAGCGCCAAAGACGUCAAAUCAAUGCGUUUUGACAAUGCCUCCAUAAUAGCAUCCCCCUCCAAACUAUCAGCUGCUUCCUUCAAAACCCCACCGCACCUGCCCCCCGACCUAACCCUCAGCCGCUCGCCCUUCUCUCUGCACCAAGUAUCAGCACCUAACCCCUCGCCCCCAUUUUCCGCCUUGGACAAUCUGCCAGAAGAAAACAUUAGCUGGGCGGAAAUCCAGCUCGCUACUAAUCUCAUCAUCCCUGGCUCUAGUGUGCCUGCGAUGUUGGAUUACAGGGGUGAGGAGGGCUUGAUGAGGAAUACGUGGAGAGAAAUGUGGUAUUUUGAGUUCGGCCGGGCGCUGAUGCGGCAGUAUAUACGAAGUCCGCAGGGGCCUAUCGCUGCUUCGUCUGGUGAUAAAUGGUGGGAUUUACGGGGCGGGAAAGGAGGAGUUUGGGAUGAGAGGGGGGAGUGGAGGGAAUGGAUGGAUGUCUGUGCUGGGACGAGUGAUGAGCUGUUUGGGGAUGGAAAGGGGCUGUUUGGGAUGGAGGAUGAGAGUGUGGGAGGGGAGAAGCCGGUUCAUACUACUUCCGGGGAGAGAAUCAGUGGACAAGACCACCCGGAAACGGAAGCAAAAUCGAAGGAAGAGGGCCUGGCGAGGCAAAAGCAUAUGGGCCAUGAUGUGGAGACACCAGCUGUGCAAGGAAACAAGAACCCAACACUCCCCACCGAGGACAUCCGAACCGCCAACCAAAACAACGACGAAGAGAAUUAC